AUGUUUGUGAUAUCCUCUCACGGCGCGGGAAUUAGUUCCGGUCGAUGUCGUCUAGCAGAGAGCGGACUCGGCUGGAAGCCUAGCGGAGCCAGUGAACCCUUCACUUUAGACAGCAACCAGAUCGGCGCGGCGCAAUGGAGUCGAGCAGCAAAAGGCUACGAACUGAAAAUCAUCACCCGUGAUGCCGCCGUUAUUCAACUUGACGGAUUCGAACAAGACGAUUUCGACCGUUUGUCGAAAGCUUUCAAGAUCUGGUAUGGCAUCAACGUGGAGAACAAGGAACAUGCGUUGCGAGGGUGGAAUUGGGGCAAGGCAGAAUUUGGAAGAGCAGAGCUGGCCUUCAACGUCCAAAACAGACCAGCGUUUGAGAUACCCUACUCAGAAAUAUCAAAUACGAAUUUAGCAGGUAAGAAUGAGAUUGCUGUCGAGUUCAACCUUGGCCCAGACGGGGCUCAGAAUGGCGCAACUGGCCACAAGCCAGGGAGCACGAAGAAUCGAGGCCACAAAGCAGCUGCAGGCCGGGACGAACUUGUUGAGAUGCGAUUCUAUAUCCCUGGCACAGUGUCUAAGAAAGAAGUGAAUGGGCAGGAGGGCAGCGGCGCCGAAGAGGAGGAUGAAGAGGAGCAGAAUGCCGCCAGCUUGUUUUAUGAGACCUUGAUGGACAAGGCAGAAAUCGGAGACGUCGCGGGAGCCACAUUCGCAACCUUUCAGGACAUAUUGCAUCUCACUCCCAGAGGACGUUUCGACAUCGACAUGUACGAGAACUCUUUCCGCUUGCGUGGCAAGACGUACGACUACAAGAUCCAAUACCAAUCCAUCAAGAAGUUCUUCAUCUUGCCCAAAAACGAUGAAAUGCACACGCUCAUCACUCUUGGUCUCGACCCACCGCUCCGGCAAGGCCAGACGAGAUAUCCUUUCAUCGUGAUGCAGCUAAAAUUGGAUGACGAAGUGAACCUGGAUCUGAACAUGACGGAAGAGCUACUAGAAACCAAGUACAAGGACAAACUAGACGCACAUUAUGAGGCCCCCAUUCACCAUGUCAUUGCCAAGGUCUUCAAGGGACUGUCGGGCAAGAAAAUCAUCAUGCCCUCGAAAGACUUUGUCAGCCAUCAUAAUAUGAAUGGGGUUAAGUGCUCCAUCAAAGCCAACGAAGGAUUACUUUUUUGCUUGGACAAGAGCUUCAUGUUCGUGCCCAAGCCCGCCACUUACGUCCCGAUCGACUCGAUACAAAGCAUUACCAUGUCGCGGGUUGGAGGAGCUUUAGCAGCAAGUCGAACGUUUGAUAUUACCAUGACCUUGAAGGGAGGUCAAGGAGAGCACCAGUUCAGUAAUAUCAACCGUGAGGAGCAACAGCCUCUGGAGGCGUUCUUCCAGGCAAAGGGCAUCCGGUUCAAGAACGAGAUGCUGGACGAUUCAUCGGCAUUAUUGAAAGCUGCUCUAGAAGAUCAGGACCUAGCUUCGUCGGAUGAGGACGAGGAUGCUGGGGUGAAUCGCGGUUCUGCAGACGAGGAUGAUGAGUCGCCAGAUGAGGAUUUCCAGGCUGAAUCGGAAAGCGACGUUGCUGAAGAGUACGACUCGGCCCACGAGAGUGAUGGGAGUGAUGCUGGUAGCGAUGUGGACAUGGCAGAAGCCGAGGGUGCUAGUGAGGACGAAGAGUUAGAUGAGCGACCGCCGAAGAAGAAGGCGAAGAAAUAG